CACACAUUCAGUGAACGAACCGAUCGUUUGUCGCAUUGUUUUCACUCAUUAUUAGUAAUAUUAUUAUUAAAUCAGUAAUUAAUGAUUGAAUUGAUUACACAUUUGCCAUACGAUUAACACAAUUGCGAUCACUGUUUGGAUUCACUGACGAUUCAAUUGAGGACCAGUUAUAACACGAAACGCUGUGAAGAGUAUUGUCUGGCAUUGAAUGGCAAACGAAAUGCAUUAAUGAUUGCCUCAAAUGAACGAUAAAUCUAUUGAAAGCCAUUGAAUCGUUUGAUCCGACAUUUAGUUUGAGCCGCGAAGAAGUGCUGAAGAAGUGUGGCGUCUGUUGCGGACAAUGCAGUGGUGAGCGAACCGAUGGGACCCACAAUACAUUCACCGAUCUCUUCGGGCGACGAAGACUUGGAUUUGAGUCAAAACGACGACCGACUCAACGAUGAGGACAUGGAUGACGGCCCGGACGACGGCGAGUGCUCUCAACAGGCGGUGACUCGUCGUCGCCGUCGACACCACGUGUCCGGUCGCCGGCAUAAAGACGGCAAACAUCGCCACAAACACGGCGUAAGACAUAAGCGACACAAACGUAAGACGGCUUCGUCUCAGUCGUCGCCGACGAGCGCCGGCGCCACCGCUUCGACGUCCGGCCAUAAGACUCAUCGUCGACGACAUCGUAACCAUCACUUCGACACUGAGUACGACUUCGAGCCAAAGCCGCAGAUAAUCAGUAAUAAACCUCUCGUCCAAUACGACGACGUCAGCGAAAAUGACGACAUUCUGUCCGAUCGGAUGGAAGUGGAAGAGGGAGAGGUCGAGGAAGAGGAGGGAGAAGUGAGCGGCAGUGGUGUCGGAGACCAGGUUUGCCACAAUCAACGGACCAAUCAGUCGAAGAACUCGCGUCCGAAGACUCCGCCGCCUCCGCAACAAUCGGAUCCAACGCACAGAUCGCGGAGUCAAUCGCCGGACCUCUCGGGCCCUCACAAGUUGAUGCGCUCGCCAUCUAAGUCGCCCCCAAUGUCUCCGCCACUGUUGGAGCCGCAGUCACGUCACUCUCGAAGUCCAUCGCCCGAUACGUCAGUCCAUCCGCGGCGACGAACGCCCACUAAGUCUCCGCCCGUUUUGGAGCCGCCGGCGCGUCGCUCCCGAAGUCGAUCGCCAGUUAUUUCUAGCGCUGGUCAUCACAAGAAGAGACAGCCAUCGAAGUCGCCUCCGAUGUCACCGCCGAUGGAACUGUACAGACGGUCGCGAAGCAAAUCGCCAGACAUGUCGUCUCAUCACAGGAAACGCACUCCCAAUAAGUCUCCGCCGAUGGAAGCGUUACGUCACUCAAGAACUAAAUCUCCGGGCAUUGCGUCUCAUCACAGGCGAAGGUCGCGAUCAAAGUCUCCACCAAUGGAACCGAUGCGUCGCUCGCGGUCUAAGACGCCUCCCCUAUCGAACCAUCACAGGAGGCGCUCCAUAUCGCCAGCCAUGAGGUCGUGUACUCCAGUACAGAGGCGUCGGUCGCGCACCCGAUCGCCGCCGCCAUCGAUGUCCUCCCAUAGGAGUGAUCCGUACUAUGAAAUGAAAUCUAUGAAAUCGCCGAAAGGGCGUCGCAGUCAUCGACGGUCUUCGCGCGACAGAUCUCCGAUGCCUUCACAACACAGACCCAAAUCACGCGAACGAAUGAUGAAAAACAAAUACUUAACGCGUGAGCGCUCGCGUUCGCGGACUCCGCCGUACGGACCGCGCGAUUCGCGGUACUCGCGAUCCAAUCAACCGCCGCCUUCCCAGUCGUCGUCGUCUCGCCAUCGGUCUCGAGAUAUGGACCGAACGCCACCCCAACGACACUAUCGUAACCGCAGUCGUACGCCUCCGCCGAAGAGUUCGCGCGGCCGCUCGCGAUCACCGAAUCGGUCGCAUUCGCCGCGACACGAGUCCCGCAAUCGAGGCUCCAAUUCGUCAGUUUUCUUAGACAACAACAAGUAUUCGUCGACCAGUUUUGCGGCCGAACUCAUGAAACAGAAGAAAUUCAAGAAACAAAGCUUUCAGAGCAGUGGUCCGGCCUCUGAAGGACAGGCCUCGUCCACGAGUACGCCCACAGCUCUCACGCCUAACCCAAUGAGAAGCUAUUUGCCGACCGGCGACGCACCGGACGGCGUCUCGCUAUCACUGCUGUCGCAUAACGGGUUUGUGCCGAUGAAGAGCUCAACUCUACCCCAAUUACCAUUACCUCCGAUUCCAAUGCCGACGCAAAACACGGGCAAAGCCUUACGCCUCCCAAUGCCUCCACAAGUGUGCGGCACAAACAUAUCUGCGCUGCCGUUGCCGUCGACGUCACCGGUCGUUGACAUGGAAGAGGACGACAACAACACCCAAAGCCCGACACAACAAAUCACUAAACGGCCAAAAAUAUUGGGCAAAAAAUCGUUACCUCAACGACAGACUCAACUGAAUCCUCGAUGCGUUGAUGUGUUUAAUAUAAUCAGUCAAAUAGGAGAGGGAACGUACGGUCAGGUCUAUAAAGCCAAAGAUACCGACGACACAAUCGUUGCCCUAAAGAAAGUGCGAUUAGAAAACGAAAAGGAAGGCUUUCCCAUCACUGCUGUGCGAGAGAUUAAGAUUUUGCGUCAAUUAAAUCACGCGAAUAUCAUUAAUCUGAAAGAAAUAGUCACCGAUAAGGAGGACGCACUCGACUUCCGACGAGACAAAGGUGCCUUCUAUUUAGUGUUUGAAUACAUGGACCACGACUUGAUGGGUCUGUUAGAAAGUGGUUUAAUCGAAUUCCAAGAGUCCAAUAUCGGGCAUACGAUGAGACAACUGUUGGAUGGACUCAAUUAUUGUCAUAAAAAUAAUUUCCUUCAUCGAGACAUCAAGUGUUCAAACAUUUUAAUGAAUAACAAGGGACAGAUAAAACUGGCCGACUUUGGUUUGGCCCGACUGUUCAGCGCUGAGGACAAGAUGCGGCCGUACACUAACAAAGUGAUCACUCUAUGGUAUAGACCACCGGAGCUAUUGUUAGGCGAAGAGCGCUACGGACCCGCUAUCGAUGUUUGGAGUUGUGGCUGUAUAUUAGGAGAAUUAUUCAAAGGAAAGCCUAUAUUUCAGGCCAAUUCAGAGCCCAUGCAGUUGGAGGCGAUCGCCAAAUACUGUGGCGCGCCCUCACCGGCCAACUGGCCAUCAGUGAUACAUUUGCCGCACUGGACUUCAAUGAAACUUAAGAAACAAUACAACCGAAUACUUCGCGACAAUUUUCAUUUUAUGCCGAAGACUGCGUUGGAUCUGUUGGACGCUAUGCUGUGUUUGGAUCCGAGUAAAAGAAUUACCGCCGACCAGGCGCUCAACUGUGAUUGGCUUAAGAAUAUAAACAGUAUGACGCCUCCAGUUCUGCCUCAGGAUCAGGACUGCCAUGAAAUGUGGUCCAAACAACGGAGACGUAAACUACAACAACAGCAGCAAUUAGAACAGCAACAGUCCCAACAAUCUAAUGAAGGUAUAGGUGUGUGUCUUGUUGUGUUGUCGUCUAAAUGCAGCGGUUAUUUUGGUUUAGCGGGCGAGCCCUCCAAUCCCAGAGACAACUCAUAA